AGCAGUGACAGCAGCACCUGUAUUCUGAAAAUCUGGACCGGAAGUCCUCGUGUGCAGCCUGGGCAGCUUGACGUCGGAGCAGCUCGGGACGGCUCGGCUCUUCUCGGUUUGUUGUCAUCCCGCCCUCCACCGGAUCGGAGCGACAUGAGAACCGGACCCCGAUGCGUUUGUGUGCUUCUGCGUCGGACGUACUGGACCGAGCGGACCGGGACCCGGAGCGGACCCGAGCGUCGGCGUCGUCUCGCUGCGGGUUGAGAGCAGAGCGGCUCCGGACCGACACCGAGCGGAUCUGUGCGGCGGAGCCGGAGGAGCGAUCGGACCCGGAGACAUGUACCAGGUCCAGGGCAGAGGGGAAAAGGUCGUUGCCAUGGUGCUGAAGGAGCUUCCUGGUAAAAAGGCCUCCUCUGAAGGAAACUCCCUCCUCACCGUCACAACCAAGCUGGUCGGGGAGCAGCAGGAGAGUCGCCCCCUGCUGAGUCCCUCCAUCGAUGACUUCCUGUCAGAGAGUCGCAGCGACGCCCCCUCGGCCCGACCCCUGACCUCCAACACAUCAGUUCUUUCCACCGCUCUGGACCUGGUGGACCUCAGCGAGCCGGGGCGGAGCAGCAAGUCCCGGAGGAGGAUGAGCCCCCUGAGGAGGAGUCCUCGCCGCCGAGCGAGGCCGGAGGAGACGGAGUUGAUCCAGGUGGAGGCGGAGCACCGGCCUGCCAGUCCCAGGACCCCAGAGAGGGCGUCGCUGGACUCAGUCAGUCUGUCGUCUCCUCUGGACAAGUGGGACGAGGUGAAGCUCGAGGUGGAGGGCGGCGGCGGCGGCGGCAGGAGGCGGGACGAGCAGAGAUGCACCUCCCACCACUCGUCCAGUGAACUUCUGUGGUCUGCAGAGUUUAAAAGUGAUCCACUGACGAAGAACUUUGAUGUCCACAGCUUCGAUGAUCUGGACUUUACAUCGUCCCCACAGGACUGUGCUGCGUCCAGACAGUGCAGACGGACUCGUUCCCUUCUGGCUGGAAAAGAGUCUCUGGAGGACGAGUUUGUCAGAGCGAAGGCUGCUGUAGAGUCGGACACAGAGUUCUGGGACAAGAUGCAGGCGGAGUGGGAGGAGCUUGCUCGCAGGAACUGGCUGGAGGAGUCUGAGGGUCAGAGGCCGAUCCCGCCCCCUGUCUCACCUGUGGAGAAGAGUUACUUCUUCAACACCAACAACCCGUACAGCGAGCGGCCCAACGUCUUCGCCCAGGGUCAGGAGAAAGCUCGGGACGGAGACCUGAACGCCGCCGUCCUGCUGCUGGAGGCCGCCAUCCUACAGGACCCGCAGGACUCGGAGGCCUGGCAGCUUCUGGGAAUGACUCAGGCUGAGAACGAGAAUGAACAGGCCGCCAUUGCGUCGCUGCAGAGGUGUCUGGAGCUCCGCCCCAACAACCUGCCGGCUCUCAUGGCGCUCGCCGUCAGCUUCACCAACAGCGGCCUGCAGCGGGAGGCCUGCGACGCCCUGCGCCGCUGGAUCGUUCACAACCCGCGGUACAAACACCUGGUCCUGGACCACCGGAGCCCGCUACAGGGUUCACCGGCCACGCCUCGCAGGGGCCCCCACACCUUCACGCCGGCCAGGUCGGAGCUGCAGGACGUGCUGCUCCUCUUCCAGGAUGCGGUUCUGUUGAAUCUGGACUCAGUGGAUCCAGACCUGCAGACCGGACUCGGAGUUCUCUUCAACCUGAGCUCAGACUUCAACAGAGCUGUGGAGGCUUUUACUGCAGCACUGUCGGUCAGACCCAAGGACUACCUGCUGUGGAACCGUCUGGGAGCAACGCUGGCGAACGGCAGCCGCAGCGAGGAGGCGGUGGAGGCGUACACCCGAGCUCUGGGGCUGCAGCCCGGGUUCAUCCGGUCUCGGUACAACCUGGGGAUCAGCUGCAUCAACCUGGGAGCUCACAGGGAGGCGGUCAAUAACUUCCUGACAGCUCUGAACCAGCAGAGGCGGAGUCAGCGCUGCAGCCACCAGCAGAUGUCGGCCAGCAUCUGGGCCGCGCUGCGUAUCGCCAUCUCGCUGAUGGACCGACCCGAGCUGUUCCAGGCCGCCAGCGUCGGGGACCUGGACCUGCUGACAAGGGCCUUUGACGUGGGCGACUUCUGAAGACGAUGUUGGAGGACGAGGUCUGACGGAGGAGUCCAACAGCACAACCCUUUAGCUUCCUGUGUGCAUGACCUUUAAGAUUCAGACCUUAAAGCCGUAUACUUUACAGCACCUGUAGCCACGCCCACCAGUGAUGUUACAGUGUUCCUCAGCUGGGGCACACUGUGACAUCACGGUUUAAUAUAUGAUCAGGUUUUAUUGUGAACCUGAUAAUAAAUGAUUUGUGUGACAUCGUCUCUGUGAGUCAGAGUCAGACAGUCUCAGGAUUCACAUGACGACUGUGGCAGGUGCAUUAUUAUUAUUAUGAUUAUAUAUAUUAAUGUAUGUUUAUAUUAGUGAACAGCGAUAAUGGAGCUGAAACGUCCUGCCAGGCUUUUAUUGUGAAACUUCUGCAGAUAGUUCCAGUGUAUAGAGUUUCUACAGGAGCCCAGAGUGGACAAACCAAACACCUGAGGGCCACCGUCCCUUCAGUCGACUGCAACACACAACUCCACCACCAGGUGUCACCGAGUCAACCCAGCUGCUGCUUCUCUUCACACCGACUCUCAGCUGUUGGACAGAAAACUUUAUUAACAUUAAUGUGUAGAUGAUGAAGCGUGAACUCAGCUGAUGAAAUGAUCUGUGGUGGUUUUAUUUUAAUUCUAUAGAUUAACCAGAUUAAUAACAACUGACUCAAUUAAAAACAUGUUGCAUGAAAAACGAGCUCAGGAAGUUCAGCGUCGAAGAGGAGGAGGAGGAAGAUGCUGUGGCUGCAGACUGUCAAAAAAAAGACUUGAUUGAGGUGUUUUUCCUCCACCGGUAAUAAAUAAUAAUAAAUAUUAAAUAAUAACUUUGUUUUAACACCAACACAGUUUCUCCCUUUAACCUUCUAAAGCCAUGAAACUGCACCAGCUGUUAACAUGUGGACGUCGCCUCCUGCAGGCAGAGAGAGGAACAGCGGCAGCAGUGACUCCUGCAGGAUUCUCGAGGUCACAUUAACCUUCACACGUUAAAACAUCUGGAUGUUAAACAUCUGGAAGCAAAACACAGCAAUAAAACAUCUGUAGUGUCACAUCA